GUUUUCCCUUUAAUAUUUUCGAUGGUUUCACCUACAGACUUGUAUGAUGCCUGUGACGUUUUGAGGUUUCUGCACUCUGUGUGUGUGGAGAGUGAGAGAAACAAACUACUAGAAAGGAUAUAUUUGGUCAAAAAGUUCAAAUUUGGACGUGAGUUGGCAAACGUUGUGUGCUCUUGGUACGUGGCUGUCCUUCACCUUUCAAAGUUUUGUCACUGGUGAAGUUCCGCUCGGCCAGGUUGUGAGCUUUUCAUCGCUUGCUGUCAACAUCUCUUUCAGUGCAUAUAAUAGUCAUUUGUCUACACCAGUCGAGUAAGGAAGGUCUUUAGCCUUCCCGAGUUUGCUUUCGGUUCUCAAGGAUUUGAGCAAAAGAUGGCUAACGAUAAAAAAGUAUUGACGAUGGAUUCAUUGAAUCCGUGUGUCAAAAUAAUGGAAUAUGCAGUUCGUGGCCCAAUAGUAGAUCGAGCUACAGCGUUAGAAAACGAGUUGAAAAAUGGAGCAAGCAAACCAUUCACGAGAGUAGUCAAGGCAAAUAUUGGAGAUUGCCACGCCACUGGCCAAAAGCCCAUCACAUUUAUUCGUCAAGUGCUGGCAUUAGUCACAUAUCCAGAAUUGCUAAUGAAGAAUGGAGAUUUCCCCGAAGAUGCAAAAAACAGGGCAAAGAAAAUAUUGGAUGCAUGUAAAGGGGGCUCUGUUGGUUCUUACAGUGAGAGCCCAGGACUGCUUGCAAUAAGGGAAGACAUAGCUGCAUACAUUGCCAAGAGGGAUGGUCAUCCCAGCAAUGCCAGUGACAUCAUAAUGUCAACUGGAGCCAGUGAUGGAAUCAAAGCUAUUAUUACUCUUCUGCUUACUGGAAAAGAUGGCAGUGGGAAAGCAGGAAUCAUGAUCCCAGUCCCACAAUAUCCACUAUAUUCAGCAGUUAUUGCAGAGUUUAAUGCCUACCCCAUCAGGUACUAUCUGAAUGAAGAGAACCAGUGGUCACUUGAUGUUUCAGAGUUGAAGCAUGCCAUCAGUGAAGCCAGAGCCCACUGUGUACCACGAGCUAUUGUUGUUAUCAAUCCAGGCAAUCCAACAGGCCAGGUGCUGACAAGACAAAAUAUUGAGGAUGUCAUACGCUUUGCCAAAGAAGAGGGGCUCUUUAUCCUGGCAGAUGAAGUGUACCAGCACAACAUUUAUGCCAAAGGUUCCAAAUUUUUCUCCUUCAAGCAAGUUAUGAAAGAAAUGGGUGAGCCAUAUAGCAGCAUGGAGCUUGCAUCUUUUAUGUCUGCUUCUAAAGGCUUUAUGGGAGAGUGUGGAUAUCGUGGUGGUUAUGCUGAGGUUAUCAACCUUGAUCCACAGGUCAAACUGCAAUACAUGAAAAGCAUAUCUGCAAAACUUUGCCCACCAGUGUCGGGACAAGCAGUCAUGGAUGUUAUUGUCAACCCUCCUCAGCCUCACGAACCUUCUUACAAGUUAUUUGAGAAAGAGAAGGAGUUUGUCUUAGCUCAGCUUAGAGAGAAGGCCAAGCUGGUAACAGAUUUGUUCAAUUCCAUUGAGGGUAUUUCAUGUAAUGAAGUGCAAGGAGCCAUGUAUGCCUUCCCUUGCAUCAAGCUGCCAGAGAAGGCUAUAGAAGCAGCUAAAGAAGUGGGACAAACUCCAGAUGCUUUCUACUGCUUUGCACUUUUAGAGGAAACUGGGAUCUGCACAGUUCCAGGCAGUGGUUUUGGGGAGAAGGAGGGUACCUAUCACUUCCGCAUAACAAUUCUUCCCCCUCAGGAGGAACUUCGGGAGGUACUCGGGCACUUCAAAGAAUUUCACCUACGAUUUUUGUCCAGAUACAGCUAGACAGUGGUAUGAGCAUGGAUAACUUGCUUCUUCCAUGCAAUAAUCUUCUGAAGCAGGUCACAAGAUCCCAUUACUGCACAUGCAGGGAGUUACAACUGCUAGAUCCAUCUAUACUGUAUUCUUUUUAGGACACAAUUUUGUCAGCAUUGUUUUAUGGGCACUGCUAUGUGAUGUGUAAUAUAAAGAAACUUUGAAAGUUUCUCAAGCAGAUAGCAGCUUUUACUGCAGUAGUUUAUUGCAAGUGUUGGACAGUCCUUCGUUUAGUUUAGAGUUGUUAGUUAGGCAAUACCUUUUUUUUCAGAAAGUGUGAAAAUAUUGUAACCUGUUUGGAGAAAGUAGGCAGUCAC